CUCUAUUUAUAUACUUCCCUUUUAUCCAUCUCAUCCAAUUAAAUUCAGACCCCAUUUUCAAUAUGAAGAUUUCUUCCAUUAUAUACAGAUUCAUUACAGCACUCCUUGUCUUCUCCAGCUUUACUAGUUUAGGCGAUGCCCAUUUCUUCCCCAAUAUCACUUCCAUUCCACGCUCUUUGGCCGGAAAUGGCAGCGCGUGGGGCGUUUUCAAUAAAUUCCUCGGCUGCCACGCCGGCCAGAAAGUCGACGGCUUAGCCAGGCUCAAGAACUACUUCCACUACUUCGGCUACAUUGGAAACCACUCCGGCUCCAACUUCACCGACGACUUCGACGACUUGCUCGAGUCGGCUAUCAAGACUUACCAGCUGAAUUUCAACCUCAACACCAGCGGUGAACUCGACGCGCCGACCAUCCAGCACAUGAUGCGCCCCCGCUGCGGUAACGCUGAUAUCGUCAACGGCUCCUCCACCAUGGCCUCCGGCAAGGCGUCGCCGCCGCCUGCGGCGGGGACGGUACACACGGUGGCGCAUUACUCGUUCUUUCCGGGACAGCCGCGGUGGCCGGAGGGGACCACCGAGCUCACCUACGCAUUUCUGCCGGGAAACCAGCUAACCGCCACCGUGAAGGGCGUUUUCACGCGGGCGUUCGAGCGGUGGUCGGAGGUCAUACCCAUAACAUUCACCCAGACGGAGGUGUACCGGUCGGCGGACAUCAAGAUCGGGUUCUACUCCGGCGACCACGGCGACGGCGAGGCGUUCGACGGGUCGAUGGGCACGUUGGCCCACGCGUUCUCCCCGCCGUCCGGGCAUCUCCACAUGGACGGCGACGAGGAUUGGGUGCUCGACGGCAACUUCCUAAACGCGCCGGCGUCGAUCCUCUCCACCGUGGAUAUGGAGUCCGUUGCGGUUCACGAAAUCGGGCAUUUGUUGGGUUUGGGUCACUCGUCGGUGGAGGAUUCGAUAAUGUACCCGACCCUAGGAUCUGCGACCCGGAAAGUGGAACUCGCUGAAGAUGAUAUUCAGGGGAUCCAAGUGCUUUACGGGUCAAACCCGAGUUUUAACGGUACAACUUCCGUCUUGACGCCGGGUCAGAGAAAUGACACCAGUGGGGCCUACUCCUCGUCUUCAUUGUGGGGCCACCGCUUGCUAUUCGUUGUUGUUGGAUUUUUAUUCAUCUUGUCACACACAUUUAUUUAAUUAUUAUUACACUGGUAUAUAAUUGAUGAUUUUUUUCUUUGUAUCA